AUGUCAUUCAAGGAAUUAUUAAUUGAAAUUGGACCCGAACAUUUAUUACCUGAAAAGCUCUUGCCAAGUUUAUUACAGAUCAAGCCUCAAGAAAUUGACCAAGCCAUUGCACUUAUUUUGGCUGAAGUAUUGAUUCCAGGUUCCCAAGGCUUGAACCAAGGAUUAACAUUUGCUAACAAUUUACCGGAAUCCAACGCUAAAGGCGCUCAACUCCAAGCAAGUUUUAGAGCUAUCGAAGCUGGUGGACAAUUGAACAUUAAUUGGUAUGAAGUUUUCAACUAUGUCUCACAAUAUUUAUUUGAAUCUUCCCAAAGGAAUAUCCAACCUUCAUUAGCAAGCAUUACUCAAUUCUUAUCAUCUUUGGAUUUUAAACAAGAACCAAUUGAUAUCUUUUUGAAUUAUGAAUGGUGGUUUAACAAGACAUUGUUGUAUAUUUUGCAUACUUUAGAUUCAUCUCAAGGUGGUUAUGAUAUUUCAUUACUGAAGAACUUGGCUUAUUGUUUCGAAGAAGACAAGAAUGAACCACCUCAACAACAACAACAAUCACCCCAGCCUCCGCCAAGAAACAUCUUGAAGUUUAUCAAUAUUGGCAAAUUGGAACUUCAAGUAAUCACCAAGAUUCAACAACAACAGCAACAACAACAACAAUUGAGUGAACAAGAUAGAAAGUUAAAUGUAUUUUUAAAUCAGCUUUUCGAACACGAUUAUAGAGUGUUCCCAGAGUAUAUUCUUGCUGCCGCAUUGACUGUAGUGGAAAAGUCACAAUUCAUAAAUGAUUUAAUUGAUACUUUAUUUUCAUUAUUAAUGGACGGUGACAGUGUUGCAUUACCCAAAGUUCUCAAAUUAUUGAAAGAAUCAGGAUUGGUCCUUGGUAAAUUGUGUGAUUAUUACAAGAUUAGAAAGACUGUGGAGGCAGGUGGUAAAAUCAUGAGACUGGCCUCUAGUAUUGGAUUAGUUCAAGAUAUAUUGGAUGUAUUUUGGCAAGCUGAUAUUAAAUUAGCGGUGAAACUUUUAGUGGAAGCCAGCCUUUAUGGAUAUGACUAUAAACUGGUUAUUGAAUCUAAACUUAAGGAUAAUCAAUUAAAGGCUCAAUUUUAUCAAGCAUUAUUAGAGGCUGUUGACGAACGUGCCCAAAAGGAUUACGAGAAGGGACAACAGCAACAACAGCAACAGGGUCAACCACAGCCGAUUCCAACAAACCAUGUAUUUUUGAAAAUCCCAAUUGUAUAUUACUUGUUGGAAAAAUUGAAAUCUAGUAAUGGGUUAAUUGAUUCUGAAAAAUUGAAGAAUUUACAAUUGUCAUUGUUAACUACUUAUCCAAGAUUGAUCAACUUUGGAAAUGGUCAUGAUGAAGCUAUUCUUGCCAAUGAAGAAAAGUCCCCAUUCUUCCCUCAAAAUGUUGAACUUGAAAUGAAGACUUACUAUUCCAAAAUGUAUAACAAGGAAGUUGAAAUUAAGGAUAUUGUUGAUAUGUUGGUCAAGAUGAAGGUUAGUGAUGAACCACAUCAUCAAGAUGUAUUUGCAUGUAUGAUUCAUUCAUUAUUGGAUGAAUACAAGUUCUUUUCCGAGUACCCAUUGUCCGCAUUGGCUUCUACUUCGUUAUUAUUUGGUGCAUUAUUAGAGAAGGAUUUAAUCCAGGGUACUACAUUGACAGUUGCAUUGAACUUCAUCUGGGAAUCAUGUAAUCAACCACAAGAUUCUCAUCUUUUCAAGUUCGCGGUUCAAUCAUUGUACAAUUUCAAGUCAAGAUUACAUGAAUAUCCUAUUUACUGUAAACAUUUAUUGGAAUGUCGUUCAUUAUCUGCUCAUGCUAAGAUGUAUCAAAUUGUCAAGGAUGCAGCCAAUGGUAUCCCAUGUGCUGCUGGAACUGGUGGUGCAAGCCAAAGUCAAACUGGUACUCCUGAACCCACUGGUCCAAAAUAUCAAUCAAUCACGGUGGUGGAUAAGACUAUUGGGUACACUAAACAAGAAGAGCCUACUGAAAGUGUUAGAGAUAAGUUAUUGUUCAGUGUGAACAAUAUGACAAGUGACGAUCUUAGAUUGAAUGAAAUUAAAGAGUUUUUAACUGAAAAUUACUUUGCAUGGUUUUCUAAUUAUUUGGUGGUUGAUCGUGCCAAGGCUGAACCCAACAAUCAUGAAUUGUAUUCGAAAUUGGUUAAAGAGUUUGAUAAUGUCAUUUUCUUUGAGUAUGUGUUGAAUACGUCGUUAAAGGAAGUAGAUUACAUUGUUCGUAAUUUCAAGGAUUCUAGAAAUGAAAGAAAUCAAUUGAAGAAUUUAGGUGCUUGGUUAGGAAGAAUUACAUUAGCUGAUGAUAAACCAUUGAGAAGAGAUCAUAUUGUCUUGAAAUUUUUGUUAGUUGAAUCAUAUGAUUUCAAAUCUUUAUCGUUGAUGAUUCCAUUUGUCUGCAAAGUGCUUGAUCAAGCUCAACACUCAAAGAUUUUCAGACCACCCAAUCCAUGGAUUUUGGGUAUUCUUAAGGUUUUAGCUGAGCUUUAUGAAUGUGCCGACUUGAAAUUACAAUUGAAGUUUGAAAUUGAAGUUUUGUUGAAUUCUUUCCAUAUGAAGAUCACUGAUAUUGAACCAAGCACACUAAUUAGAAGUCACAAUCCAAACCCAACUGCAUUGGCUGCUAUGUUUGGUAUUCAUCCAGAAACUGUCACUCUUGCUAAUGAAAUUUCUCGUUUGAAUUUGGAAUCUCAACCUUUGGAAAACGUUCAAGUACCAUUCCCUCAACCACAGAUUGUGGAAUCGAAAUUCCCAGGUCAAGUUCAAGUUCCAUUACCUGCAGAGCAACAGCAACAACCACAGCAGGCACAGGUUCCUGUGUUGGACACCUCAUUUAGCACCUUACUUGGUACUUCCAUCUUUACUCAACAUGCCAAUUUGAGAAGAGCAUUCCAAGCAUCGUUGUCUAGGGCAGUUCGUGAAUGCGCCCUUCCUAUUCUUAGUCGUGUUUCUGAAGCAGUAUUAACUACCACUGAAGCAUUGAUUAGAAAGGAUUUUUCCACUGAACGUGAUGUUACUAAGCUUCGUAACAGUUAUCAAAAAUUGGCCCAGCAAUUAUCACAUAGUAUGGUUCUUUGUAGUGGAAGAAAGUUAUUGGCUGAAACUAUCGAAGCUACUUUAUUGCAGUUAUUAGGUAACAAUCCAAAUGAAAUUCCUAUGGUUGAAUUAAACAAUGCCAUUAAUGCCAAUGUGGGAUUAUGUGUGGAUAUUGUCGAUAAAAUUGCCAGUGAUAACAUUGCCGAAUUGAUUGAUGAAAAGAUGCAAAAGUACUUGUAUGUGCGUGAACAUCAUCCACCUAGUGAACCAUUUGUUGAAGAAGGAACUUCAGAAUAUUCUCUUAGAUUACCUGAGCCUUUAGGAUUGAAUUCAAAUGGAUUGAGUGCGCAACAAUUGAGAAUUUAUGAAACUUUUGGCGAUAAUGCUAAUAUUAGACCUGCUGAAGUGGCUGGCGCUGCUGCCACUACUGUUGGUGCUGUCGCUGGCACUGCUGCUGCUGCUGCUGUAGCUGUUGAUUCUGCAAUUCAGCCAGCUGUUGUUCCACCUCCACAACAACAAGUGGUUCCUGAAGAAGCUGGUGUUUCAUUUGAACAAUUAUUUGCGGCAAUCACUGCUAAUUGUGAAAAGGCUGUUCAAUUAGUGUCGGAAGUUACAGAAACCAGAUUGAGUGAUUUACCACCAACCCAUCCAAUCAUGACUUGUUUGACGCAAGCAUUGGCGAUUGCCCAACUGAAUACUCUCAAGUAUCCUGAGUUGUUAUUGAAGGCAGCACAAUAUGCUGUGAAUUGUUUAUUUACCCAGACUCAUGAAAACCCCAUGUGCAAUGAAAUUUAUGUAGUUGUUCUUGAUAAAUUAUGUGAAUAUUCUCCAUCCACGGCUAAAGAUGUUACUUGGUGGCUUGUUCAUUCAUCUGAUCAACGGAAAUUUAAUAUGCCGGUUAUUUUGUCGUUGGUUAAAGUGCAAUUGGUUCAACCAACUAAAUUGGAUACUUCAAUUGGUAAAUUGAUCAAUGAGUCUCAAAACCCCGUGGUUGUCAAGUUUGCUGCAGGGUUAUUGUAUAAUAUUUUCAGUUCUGAAGAAGUUAGACCAAUUGCAUUAAGAUCAGAGUUUGGGUAUACUAUUGAUGCAUUAUCUAAAUAUCACGGGGAUGAAACUGAAGAACAUAAAGUUGCUCAAGAGGCUGUUAAUAAGUUGUUUGCUAAGUUAGACGAAGAGAAGAAGGUGGAUGGUGGUGAUGUGACUAACCAACUUUACGGACAAUUGGGUUAUAUCUUCAGUGAAUGGAUUAAAUUGUUGAACCAUGGUGAGGAUUGUCAUGAAUUACAGGACGAAUUUAUUCAUGGGUUGAUUGAGGAAGAAAUUUUAACUAAUCCAAGAUAUUUCCAAGUAUUUUUUAAGGCUGGUAUUGAGAUUUCGGUUACUGCCUUUGCUACUGAACAUGAGAUUAGAAGCAGAACUCAACAUGAGACUUAUCUUGCUGUUGACAGUUUGGCCAAAUUGAUUGUUAAGAUUGUUUUGAGCAUUGAAGGCGAAGGACAAGCUAUGGACUAUUUCAAGAAGAUUCUCAGUGUUAUUUUGUUGGUAUUGAUCAACGAUCAUGAAGCUGCUAGAAGUGCCAAUGUUGGUGCUACCAGUGGUAAUUGGAAUGAACGGGCUUAUUUCCGUUUCUUCUCGUCGCUCUUGUCUAUUUGGAGUGAUGUUGGCGAGGCUACUUCUCAAUUAGAUCAAGAAUUCUUUGUAUUCAUUGGUGAAGUGUUUUAUUCAAUUCAACCUAUCAUCUUACCAGGAUUGACAUUUGCUUGGGUUUCUUUGAUUUCUCAUAGAAUGUUUUUGCCUAAAUUGUUGGAAUUGCCAGAAAAGCAAGGAUAUCCUACUGUGGUUAAGUUAUUGAUGGCAGUUUUGAAAUUCCAGCUGGUAUAUGGUAAGGAUGCUAAUAAUCAUGAUGUGAUUAAUGUUAUUUUCAAAGCGGUUAACCGAGUCUUUAUUGGUAUUUUACACGAUUAUCCUGAAUUCUUGGUUGAAUGUCACUAUCAAUUAGUUACUGCUAUUCCUAGUGGAUACACCCAAUUGAGAAACAUUGUAUUAUCGGCUGUUCCUGCUAACGUAUCAGUUCCUGAUCCGUUUACUCAAGGAUUGAAGGUUGAGAGGUUGCCUGAGAUCAACGACAGUCCUGUGAUUAACUAUUUGCCUGUGGAAGAUUUGGUCAAGGCUGGAUUAAAGAAGCCGGUUGAGAAUUUCUUGCGUAUUCCUUCUUCGGCAUUGAUUAGAACCAUCUACAGUGGGUUUAAGUUGAGUCAACCAAAGGAUGGCGAUGUGCACUACAAUGUCAAGUUGAUCAAUGCGUUGGUGUUGCAUGUUGGUAUAUCUGCCGUUGACGAAAGAAACACACCAGCCAGUAUUGGCGGUGGACGCGGGUUUAAUACCAAGAGCAGUCAAGUUACAUUGUUGGUUGAUUUAAUGAACUACGGUCUGGUUGAGUUCAAGUUCCAUAUGAUUAAUGCUAUUGCCAACCAGUUGAGGUAUCCAAACAGUCACACGCAUUGGUUUAUUGGCAUCAUUUUGCAUUUCUUUAGUUCGAACAGUAUUUGGGGAAAUGCCAAUGUCAAGGUUGAGGUGCAAGAGAUCAUCACUCGAGUGUUGUUGGAAAGAAGAAUUGUGUGCAAGCCACAUCCGUGGGGAUUGACUAUUGUGUUUACGGAGUUGGUCAAGAAUGGAGAUUACGGGUUCUUUGAAUUGCUGUUUGUUAAGAAUAGUGUUGAGGAGAUUAAGAACAUAUUUGAUGCUUUGGCUAUUAAUGUCAAGGGCGGCAACCCCGGGGAUGUGUAG